AUGUCUGACGUGGAAGAGGAGAGUGGUGCCGCGGUGGUCGAUACCAAUGCGGCGGAACCCGAACUUCCUGCACCUGCUUUCGAUCUGCGGGCAAUACCAGAGUUCGACGGUACCGGUGACGUCGUCAAAUGGCUGGAGCAGGCGAAACAGCUGUGCGCCCUGAGACGCGUUUCCCUGGCCGCUGUUUUGCCGACGCGCCUGCGGGACCAGGCGUACGAAGUUUGGGCCAGCCUCUCCGAGACCGAGCAACGAGACGCUGAGAUCGUCCGUGACAAGCUGCACAGCGCCUUUGCCAUGGGACCGGACGCCGCAAUGUCAGAGCUAUAUCGUCGACGUCUGGAGCCGGGUGAGUCUGUUGAUGCUUACCUGGGCUCCAUCAAACGUCUGAUGUCUCUAAUCGGCUAUGUGUCCAGCACGGUCAUGACGGCUCAUUUCCUACAAGGCCUGCCAGCGGAAGUGCGGCUGACGGUACGAAACAGCGUUGGAGAUGGCACGCUCACCCUGGAGCGAGCGGUCGCCAUCGCCCGGUCGACGUUGGCGAUAACUGCCAGGGAGAGAGCGGCUGCACCGGUGGCUGCCGUCCAACUGCCGCCACCAUCGGCUGCGGUGAGCCUGGGUGUGCGCGGAACGACAGUGAAUGUGCGGGCGGUCGUCGUACCGGCCCGGUUGUUAGGCGUGGACGUGUUGCUAGGUAUGACAGGCAUCGACGCUCUGCGUGGCCGUGAGGCCCCGCCGGAGCGGGAGGCGUGCCGAGCGGUCGGCACGGCUGCGGGCGUGCAGCGUGAGGCGCCACCGGAGCGGGAGGCGUGCCGAGCGGUCGACAUGGGGCCAGAGUUGAGGAUCAACGAGACCGACUUCACGGCAGUGUUCGAUGCCGGGGUGUGGACGGUUCGCUGGAAGUGGGCGGGCGGUGUGGACCCGCCACCGCUUCGCAACUCCACGGCUCAGUACGGCAUACCGAGGGGUGCGCGAGAGAAAUUCGAUGCCGAGCUGUCAUUGUGGAUAAGUGAGGGCUGGCUACGUGAAUAUGACGAGACGGUGUGCGGUCCGGCACAGGGACUGCUCCCGUUAAUGGCGGUAACUCAGGCGGCAAAGAACAAGGUGCGGCCGGUGCUUGAUUAUCGAGAGCUUAAUCAACACCUGACGCCUCACACGGCUGACGCGGACGUCUGCGUGGAGGAGCUUCGACGAUGGCGACGCCACGGCCGCCGGGUCGCGGUCCUCGACCUGAAGAAAGCUUUUCUUCAGCUCCGUGUGGACCCGGCCCUGUGGCCGUACCAGACGGUCAUCGUGCGGGGGCGACGAUACUGCCUCACGAGGGUCGGCUUUGGGCUUUCCAUAGCGCCUCUGAUCAUGAAGUCGGUGGUCAGGGAGGUGCUCGCGCAGAACCCGAGGCUGGCUGAGGCGGUGCGGCCCUACGCCGAUGAUCUGCUGGUCAACGAAGCAGCCGUUUCAGCUGACGAGGUGGCCCAGCAUUUUGCCCGUUUCGGACUCGAGUGUAAGCCGCCGGAGCGAGUUGCGAGCGGCGCACGCAUGCUGGGCCUCCGUGUCGCCGAAAGUGACGGGCCGGCGCUCCAGUGGACCAGGGACGGAGGGUCACCCACGCAGCCUCCACCUGUGCUGACGCGACGAACUGUCUUCGCGUGGGCCGGCCAACUGACAUCUCACGUGCCGGUCGCGGGCUGGCUACGGCCGGCCGCUGCGUGGAUGAAGCGGACAGCCAACCGUCUCAGCCCGGACUGGGACACUCCGAUCGUCAAUGAGGAACUGCAACGCCAAGUGGAUGAAGUGUCGCGAAGGGUGAUAGCCUGUGACCCGGCAUGCGGCCAGUGGUGUGUGACAGGGUCAAAUGUCACCGUGUGGACUGACGCCAGCUCCAUCGCUCGCGGCGUCGUCCUAGCCGACCCUGUCACAGACGCCAUCAUCGAGGAUGCGUCCUGGCUACGGGCCGAAGCUGAGCGGGACGUUCACAUCAACAUCUCGGAGUUGGACGCCGCUCUCAACGGCGUCAAUAUGGCCCUGGCAUGGGGCUUCCGUCGCCUGACGCUCCGGACGGACUCGGUGACUGUGCACCGCUGGCUGAGCGAUGCGCUGUCGGGCAAGGCAAGGCUGCGCACCAAGGGGCAGUCCGAAAUGCUUAUCCGACGGCGCGUGGCUGUUUUCCGUCAGCUGGUCGCCGAGUACGAACUUGAGGUCACCAUCGAACUGGUCGGCUCAGCUGCCAACCGCGCCGAUGAGAUGACGCGGGUGCCCAACGCCUGGCUACAGGCCGCCGAUCGGCCGGCCGCCGACUCGCCCGACAAGUCACCACCGGCUGCUGUCGCAGCCAUCACAUCGAGUGCCUCGCCGGGCGACAUCCGCGCCAUACACGAGAACAUUGGCCACCAGGGCGUGAGGAGGACGUUGUGGUACGCCCGACGGGAGCUGGGGGUGAGGCGCGUCACGAAAACGGCCGUGCGGGACGUGGUCAGGCGGUGUCAGACGUGCGCGUCGAUUGACCCGGCUCCGGAACGCUGGCUUGGUGGGUCACUUGAGACGGAACGUACGUGGGAUCGCCUGGCCAUGGACGUCACCCACCUGCACGGCCACCCGUACCUGACGUUGGUGGACUGCGGGCCGUCGCGAUACGCCAUCUGGCGCCGGCUGCGCCGGUCGGGGGCUCUGGAGAUCGUCCAGCAUCUCGAGGACGUGUUUCUAGAGCGUGGAGCCCCGGCCGAAAUACUCACGGACAAUGCGACGGAGUUCCGCGGCCGGGCUAUGAUGGCGCUCGCGGCCCGCUGGGACGUGGCGAUGCGAUUCCGCGCCGCCUAUGAGCCCGGCGGUAACGGCGUUGUAGAACGCCAUCACCGGACCAUCAAAGUGAUGGUGGCCCGGCAGGCCUGCUCCGUCGCUGAGGCAGUCCACCGCUACAACGUGACACCUAAAGAUGGCAGCGACCCGGCAACAGCUCCGAUCAACGAGGUGUUCCGACACCCUGGCCGCGACGUUGACGUGACGCCCCGCGGACGAACAAAUGGACAACAGUGCGACGCCCUGCCGCUGAAAACACCAGGUGUGUACCAGCGUACGUGA